AUGGUCUCAAACUGUUUUAGAAAACAAUCUGAUUUGUUUGCCCCUAUGAGACCGAAUGGUGCAAGCAGUGCUUUCACGAACGAUGACGAUGAUCUGUUUCCACAGCAGAACGAAAAGAAGAGGGACGAAAACAGAAUCACAAUGCCAAGGGCAGUGAUGGAUUUUCUGGACAGUGACUCAGAGGAGAAAGACAAUCCAUUUGCUUUUGGUAAAAAUGCAAAGGCCUUGAAAGAAGAAGAAGUAAAAGACAGUCUUGAAAACAUUCAAGAAACAAAUAGCGUAUGGUCGAAUGAAGAAAGCAAGAAAGAGACAAACGUGUUUGGAGUGAGCAGCAAUGACUCAGAAAUAUUCUCAAACAAGAAUGAGCACAGCAGUAUAGGAACCAAUGAAAAUAGAACAGAGAAGAGUCUGACACAGGAAAUUGAGGAACAGAUGGUUGAAGAGGACAUCGUAUUUAAGAAAGAAGUCUUGGAUGAAUUGGAUAAGGAGAUGGAUUCAAGUAAGGAGGGCAGUUUAGAAAAUAGGAGACAUGAGGAUAGCACAUACACAGUGAAUACAACAAAGACAGUUGAAGUUGAUACAGAGACAUUGGGGAGACUCAAAAGUGAAAUAGAAGAGGCAAUGUUCAUCAAAUUGGAGAAGGUGUACAGCAAAAACAUGGCAAAAAUAGUCAAAAAGGAAAUACAGCGGGAAAAAGAAGGCAUUUUAGCAGAAUACAAGAAACAGAAGAAACAGGCUGAGAAGAAGGUAAGAGAGGAAUACAGAAAGAAUGUUGAAAACAUCAUAAGAAGAGAAAAGACAGAAGGAGAUGUAUGCAGAUCACUAGUAGAAAUGCUCUUGACUGACGUAAACUAUGAUGAAAUUAUGAAGGGGAAAACAAAUACAGUAAGUAAGCACAAUUCAAAACCACUUUAUAAAGAACCUGAGGAAGUGAAAGAGACCAAAGUGCCACAGAAAGAGGAAACAGAGACGCAAAGAAAGCCAUUUUUAUCACCUCCACCACGAAACAUGAACACUUUACUGAAUAAUAAGCUUAAUAAAAGCAUAAAUCCACCAACAAACAAAAUUGGGAUUCGCACACCUCCAAUGGCUGCUAGAUCCACUCCCAUUCUCCAGAACACUGUAAUACGCGAUGCCAGUCGAAUCAGAUCACAAGAAGACCUGUCAGAUGCAUUUGAGUUGAAAGCAGAUGUAAAAGAGGAAGUCAAGAAACCAGAGAAGCCAGUGGUAUCCAAAAAAGACGUAGAUGACGACGAACAGUUCAACAUCUACGGAAGAGACCACGAAGACAGCUCUGUGAUUGGCUCUCUCUUCAAUCUGUUCAGAAGGAAGCCGGAUGAGUCCACUGCGCCUAAGAUAUUCAAAAAGAAGCCAAUGGAAAUGCCAACAGGAGAAAGACGCAUUGACACGAGCAAAUACGUUGGAAAGAAACAGGUGAACAUCAGAAUACCAACAGUGAGUGAAAUAAAGAAAAAGAGGGAUGAAUCGAAGACUGAAUAA